AUGGGAGUGCUCAAGGAAGUCAUCGCUGCCCGCUACAACCCCGCCGAAGUCCUCGCCCUGCUGCGCUACAAGCGGAAGGCAGUCAAAGCCCGUGAACAAAUGACACUCUCGCUCGACCCCGACUGGGUCUAUGCUUAUUCCAAUCUAUCCAAGGUUUCCCGCUCUUUUUCUCUCGUAAUAAUGGAGCUACGCCCCGUCCUGCGUCACCCCAUUUGCGUCUUCUAUUUGGUCCUGCGCGCGCUGGACACUGUCGAAGACGACACCUCCAUUCAUCCGGACAUCCGCCGCGACAUCUGCACAAACUUUCACAACUUUUUAGAACCGGAAGAGGGAGAAAACGCCUGGUCUUCCAAUAGCUUUGGCGAUGGUGCAGAGAAGGAUCUGCUCAUCCAUUUUCCGAUAGUGCUGCGCUGCUACAACACUAUCGACCCUUCCUUCCGCACCGUCAUUAAGGACAUUACGAAGCGUAUGGGGGCUGGUAUGGCAGAGCAUAUUGAGGAUACGUCGUGCGACUCCACCGCUGAUUACGAUCAAUACUGUCACUACGUCGCUGGGCUGGUUGGACUGGGGCUCUCGGACAUUUUCGCCAUCUCUGGCUGCGAAGAGCCCGCCUUUUCUGACCGCACCGAACUGAGCAAUUCCAUGGGAUUAUUCCUGCAAAAGACCAAUAUUAUACGCGAUUAUCUCGAGGACAUCAACGAAGGGCGCACCUUUUGGCCCCGCGAAAUAUGGGUCCAAUACGGCAAUUGCCUCACCGACUUCAAAGACCCAGCAAAUCGCAAGUUUUCGUUGGCAGUACUUAAUCAUAUGAUCACCGAUGCGCUGCGCCACAUGCCAGAUUGUAUCGAGUACAUGAGCCAUGUGCAAACGCAAGACGUGUUCAACUUCGUGGCAGUGCCUCAAGUCAUGGCUAUUGCUACCCUGGCCGAGUUAUACAAUAACGGAAAGGUUUUUGAAGGUGUUGUGAAGAUUCGUCGAUCGAAAACAGCACAACUGGUUCUCAGCACGAAGAAUAUGGACGCCCUGUACAAAGUCUUCUUUGACUACGCUGUCACUAUGCUCAAAAACGUAGAACCUCAUGACCCCAACGCUGAAAAGACGCGACAAAUCCUCAACAAAGUCAUUGACGUGUGCUUGCCUCACGUGCCUGCCUCUCCCGACCUCGUCAUCCCCAACGUGAUCAGUAUCAUCUUAUUCUGCGGACUGAGUAGCUAUGUCCUGAAGAGGCGACAGGAUCAUUUCGAUGGGGCGGUGUUCACCUGGAGAUCAGCCGGUGGCAUCAUGGAAUUCUCAGACAUGGUCGCGAUUGCUGCCUUGUUUCUUGUUUGCAUUUACAUGUUUGGAUUCUUUUUGCUGCCGUACAUGUCAAAGUUGCAACAAGAUGAAGUGCGUCGUAUGUACACAGAGUCUCGAACGUCAAAUCCACGGCCACAACGAGUUGUCAUGCUUGAGGAUUGAUCCUCCCUGUGGUCACCAGCUAAUUGCUGUCAUUUGUUUCAUUCCAGUACUGUAUACCAGCUCUGAACCAUAGCUUUACCUUGGAUGGCAGCUUGGAUCAAAGUUGGGAGAGUGACGUCUGGUUUGUGUUGAAAACGCGUCUUGAUGCGCGACGAGUCUCUUGCAGUGAUCACAACCGCAAAGGAUGCUUAAAUUGAACAGCAAAUGAAGAGCUGGUCACAGCCUUGUGGAAGUCUUCUUAGGCAAACUUGGUUUCAAGGAGGCGCGCUCGCAAACAGCAACGUUUGUGGUGAGCGACGAUGGAAUCGACCUCCCACAGACUUGCGAUCCGUCAACGAAAGCAAGCUCUCCGCAGGCAGAGUCUCGAGUACUUCUUCCUGUUUCAUCCAGAUAAUACGUUGAGUUUCGUCGUAGGCGGUCGCAUAAUAGACUUCUCCUGCCCUAUGGGCCUUGUAGCGAGCCGGUGGGUUAUGAGUUACGCACCCUCUUGUUUUCCGGUGUUGGGUACUUAAAAUGAAUAGGUUUUCAUAUCAGUUAGGUUUUAGAGAAGAAACUGCUUUUGUAAGUGAGAGUAGAUACCUUGUAAACUAGCGGUCUGCUAGCUCUUCUGCUCUUUGCCA